GCAGUUCCCUGUACUAAUCAGCCUCUGACGUGAGGACAGGAGAGCUCUGGCUGCCCAUAGAGUAGCACAGCAAGGGACACAAACACCAAGAAAGACACAUUUGUGCUUUGACUGGAGAUCGUUGGGGGGCUCGGACACAUGGGGGGAUUAAUAAGAUCCACGUUUUUUUCCAUCAUUAUUUUUCUCUGUGUCUGAUCGUCUUUGAAUAAGCAAAAAUGGGGGAGUGGACCAUAUUGGAGCGCCUCUUGGAGGCGGCUGUCCAACAACAUUCUACAAUGAUCGGAAGGAUCCUGCUGACCGUGGUCGUGAUCUUCCGUAUCUUGAUCGUGGCCAUCGUGGGAGAGACCGUGUACAACGACGAGCAGUCCAUGUUUGUCUGUAACACCUUACAGCCAGGCUGCAACCAGGCAUGCUACGACAAGGCGUUCCCAAUCUCCCACAUCAGGUACUGGGUGUUCCAGACCAUCAUGGUGUGCUGCCCCAUCCUCUGCUUCAUCACUUACUCAGUGCACCAGUCUACCAAGCAGAAGGACCGGCGCUACUCCACAGUUUUCCUCUCCUUGGACAAAGGCAUGGAUUUUAUGAGGAGAGACAACAGACGGCUCAAGAAUACCAUUGUGAACGGGAUGCUACAGAACACAGAAAACUCUAACAAGGAAGUAGAGCCGGACUACACUGAGGUAAAGGAAAUUCACAACUCAGCCAUGCAAACUACUAAGUCAAAGAUGAGAAGGCAGGAGGGCAUCUCCAGGUUCUACAUCAUCCAGGUCGUGUUCAGAAACGCACUAGAGAUAGGGUUUCUGGUGGGUCAAUACGUCCUGUACGGAUUCUAUGUCCCUGGGGUGUAUGAAUGUGAUCGAUACCCUUGCAUGAAAGAUGUAGAGUGCUAUGUUUCACGGCCAACAGAGAAAACAGUGUUUCUCGUCUUCAUGUUUGCGGUCAGUGGUAUUUGUGUACUGCUGAACUUGGCAGAGCUCAAUCAUCUUGGCUGGACAAAGAUAAAAACUGCUGUCAGAGGAGUGCAGGCUAGGAGGAAGUCCACUUAUGAGAUCCGGAACAAAGACUGCCCAAGGAUGAGUAUGCCCAAUCUUGGGCACACCCAUUCAGGUGACUCUGCAUAUGUGUAAAUGCUUGUUAAACUUCCAUGAAGAGGCACAGCUGUGUGGAAAGAUACUUAUCAAGGCGACAAAGAAGACAACAUUUAGUCUUUUUAGUCUUUUAUUUGGGGUUUAAAAGAAGAAAAGUCACUAAUGAAAAAUCUGUUUUAUUGUUGUUUAUUUCUGAAAAGCGUCAACUGAUCCACUACAUGUAGGUCUAAACCUAACUGCAUUCAGCCACCAGAGUAUUUGUCAGCAAUGAUUAUGGGUGAUAAAUCUCAGCUCAUAGUUGGCUUUUCUAUUCAUCUCAAAUUUAUUGAAUCGGGUCAGAGCUCUGUUAGGUCAAUCAAAUUAUUUACAGUAAACUGGGAACACAUUUCUUUAUGACGUUGGCCUUUUGAACAUACAUAAGUCUUCACUACAUAUGCUGGAACACUGGUAAUAAAUAGAUUCAACCAUGGACACAUGUGCAGCAGAGGCAUAUCUAGACUGUUAGUCCACAAUGUACAUCAUGUUCCAAAGCAGCUGCUUUGCUCAUUAUGCAAAAGGAUAGUUUAUUUAUUUAUGUCAUAUUCACAUCAUAUUGAUGGAAAGUAGCAAUGGGAGAUAUUUAUCGUCCUUAGACAAAUUAAGGUCAUCAUGGAAUAUGUUGAUUGAUGGUUGAAAUCCAGUUUCACAGUGUGCAAUGUAGGUUUUAUCAACUUAAAAUAGCGUUCGGGAGUUCAGAAAUCUAUACGUUUGCGGUUUCAACCACUUCUGUAUUAUUGAACAGUAAGUGGGAUAUUUUGGAAGAUCUAAGUUUCACAGUCACUGUAGCAAUUUAAAUGCUAAUGUGUAUGGCAGCAAAUCACUGUCAAAAUUUGAGAGCGCAUGUCCGUCUCGUGCGAGAUAUUUGCUCGCUCGCGGAACGUGAACUUCCUCGCU